AUGGCGAAGUUAAAAAGGCAACGAAAUCUUAACAGGGAGAAAUCAAUCCCCUCCUCCGGCAGCGCCCGAAUCGGCUCCUCUUCUCGGCGGCGGAAAGCCGAGGCCGAUUUUUGCAAGUUCAGGUUUAAUUUCGAUCCGGUCGCAAUUGGCUCAGACAGCGACCGAGGGCUGGCACUCUCACCCUUCACUGUAACACGCCGUAUAGGUCACCCCUACCAGAACCGCACACCCCCCAAGAAGAAGAAGCCUCGCACAUCCUUCACCCGCCUGCAGAUCUGCGAGCUGGAGAAACGCUUCCACCGGCAGAAGUACCUGGCCUCAGCCGAGCGUGCUGCCCUGGCCAAGGCCCUCAAGAUGACGGACGCCCAGGUGAAGACCUGGUUCCAGAACCGGCGCACCAAGUGGAGGAGGCAGACGGCGGAGGAGAGGGAGGCAGAGCGGCAGCAAGCGAACCGCAUCCUCAUGCAGCUGCAGCAGGAGGCCUUCCAAAAAACCAUCAACCAAAAAAUAUUGGUUGAAUGA